AUGGACGAGCUGCUUACACCAUGGAGCCCCCGUGCGGUCAAGAGAGAGCGCAUGGCCAGCAUCGAAGCCGCGGCCAGUGGUGCGAGAUCCGAAGACAGUGAGGCAUCGCUUCCGGGCGAUGCGUCGCCCAUACGGCCGCCGACACCGGUGGCGUGCCCGCUGCGGUCCGUCGAAAUGGACGGGCUCGACCGCAGGGUGACGAGUGACAUGCAGAGCAUCAAGCAAGAGGUCGAACUGGUGGGCCAGCGGCAGGAUGCGGGAUGGCAACAGACACUGAGAGCGGCAAAGGAGGAAAUCGAACACGACGCGGCCAGCAGCGUCAAGCAGGAGGACCGAGCCAUCCUGAUGCGCGUUCCGGACCCACGACAGCCGCCACAUCGUCCUCCUCCUCCCACAGAGGAUACUUUGCACGCUCGGCCGCAACAUCAGCCGCGCGUUGAGUCGCUUGUGCCGUGGCAAGCCGCUCCUCGACUGGAACAAGGCCGAGAACAACUGCCACCCGCCCUGUACAAUGACCAGCGGCAAGAUGGUCCGCAGACCCGAGGAUGCUUUCGACUACCAGGUUUUGCAAGACACAGCAGGUCGCCAGAGCCAUCGUGGCAGCGUCCACACGGUGACUACGGGGCGGACACAUCGUUCUCGCCGCCGUAUCCGCGGCCGAUCCGAUAUGUGGACUUGUCACAGAACUUCCCAGCUCCGCGUCGACAGGCACCACAGAGCGAUGCACCACCUCAACGACAGCAACAACAACAGCAACAACAGUGGCCACGCGAUUCACAGCAGCAUGCUCGGUCUGCACAUUCACCCGAGCGGCAACAAGACGAGCGACUGCGCAAAGAGCCCCAGCCAGACCCGCGAUGCAACGACUCCGACGGUGACAUACGCACUGCGUCUCAACUCGGCCCGGAGGCCCAGCCGACUCCGUCAAAGCGACAGCGGAGAGCCGGCGGUGAAUCGACGGCGGAACACAAGAGGACCAGAACGGGACGGGCUCGUGGCCGAACCCAGAACGACGCUGCGCCGGGUCGCAGCCUGCCACUGUCUGGGUCCGCAAGGCAGCAAAACCACUCGACGCGCGAGCUGCGGCCCAACGACAACGUCAUCCGGUUCGGCCUCGACGUCUGGUUCCACGGGCCCAAGUCGACCCUCUUGCCGCUGACAACGGACGCGCUUGCCUCGAGCUUCGACAACACCGUCUCCUUUUCGGGAGGCGGGUCCUUUACGUUUACGUCAGUACCCGCGCUGGCGGACGCAGCAGGCACCACAACGACGGCGACGCCGGACGGCGCGAGCAACGCAGCCACGACAGUGGCUGCCACGGACGUAGCGAGCGCCAUGAGCAGCGCGGUCACCAGCGCAGUCACCAGUGCCGUGGCUGCGGGGAUGACACAUGCGGCCGGACAUGCCGACUUUGCACGCCCCACCGACACGUCCGAAACGUCCAACACCAUUGGCCAUCGGCGCCGUCGCAGCGGCACCGCGGCCCAAGACCGCGCCGCGUGGCGUGUCCGUCGGCUGCAGGAACAGCACGAGGGGCUGCGGCAGGCCAACGAGCAGCGGAUGCAGGACUACGAAGAGGACGUGCGGCAGCAGACUAUGCGGCGCGUGGCCCACGAGGUCGAGCAGCGACAACGCAUGCGGGGCUGGCGCUGGGACCGCGAUCCGCGCGGUCUUGUCUUGCCGCCGAUGCAGGCGGGAAGGCAGGCGACGAUAUUCCAAGCGUCCCAAGCGUCCCAGGCCCAAAUGCCACCCAUGGCAACAAGCCCUCUGUCCUCGCCUCCCAACAACAGCAUGUCCAGGCAGCUCCUCCAACCUGGCCCUGCGGCAUAUUCACCACCUGCCUAUGGGCACCCUGCUGCUGCUUCUGCUUCUGCUAAUGCUGCUGCCAGGACAGCAAUACCCGCAACAUCCUUUGUACAAAGCGACCGCCCGGACGGCAACGGUAUGCAGGGUGACGGCUGGCCGUUCAUGUCGCCACCCCAGGCCGGGCCGCCCACGCAGUCACCGCAGUCGCCCGAGACGCCGCAGUUUUACAACACCGCCGGAGAAUACACCCACCAGCCCGGCCGAUCGCUUCUCGGGGCUGCUCGACCGGCUUGGACGGCGGUGCGGGAGGGCCCGACGGCAGAGGAGGCGCAAAGGCAAGGAGCCGUCGGGUUUGGCAAUCCGUGCUACUGCAACGAUUGUCGUGGGGCAAGCAAUCAGUUUGGCAGCAAUGGAAGCCCCAGCUAG